GCGGGAGCCGCGGCUCCGGUCCGCCCUCCCGCAUCCUCUCGCAGUCCGCACCGCCGCACCUCCUCCCUGGGCUUCGGACCCUCGGCCUCGUCCCUGAAACAUGACUUGCGACUUCAAACCUGGGGACCUCAUCUUCGCCAAGAUGAAAGGUUAUCCUCAUUGGCCAGCUCGAGUAGAUGAAGUUCCUGAUGGAGCUGUAAAACCACCGACAAACAAACUACCGAUUUUCUUUUUUGGAACUCAUGAGACUGCUUUUUUAGGCCCAAAGAACAUAUUUCCUUACUCAGAAAAUAAGGAAAAGUACAGCAAACCAAAUAUACGAAAAGGCUUUAAUGAAGGUUUAUGGGAGAUAGAUAACAAUCCGAAAGUGAAAUUUUCAAGUCAACAGGCAUCAGCUAAACAGUCAAAUGCGUCAUCUGAUGUUGAAGUUGAAGAAAAAGAAACAAGUGUUUCAAAGGAAGAUACCAACCAUGAAGAAAAAGCCAGCAAUGAGGAUGUGACUAAAGCAAUUGACAUAACCACUCCAAAAGCUGCCAGAAGAGGGAGGAAGAGAAAGGCAGAAAAACAAGUAGCAACUGAGGAGGCUGGAGUAGUGACUACAGCAACAGCAUCUGCUAAUCUAAAAGUGAGUCCUAAAAGAGGACGACCUGCAGCUACAGAGGUCAAGAUUCCAAAACCAAGAGGCAGACCCAAAAUGGUAAAACAGCCUUGUCCUUCAGAGAGUGACAUGAUAACUGAAGAAGACAAAAGCAAGAAAAAAGGGCAAGAGGAAAAACAACCUAAAAAACAGCUUAAAAAGGAUGAAGAGGGCCAGAAGGAAGAAGAAAAGCCAAGAAAAGAGCCAGAUAAAAAAGAGGGGAAAAAGGAAGUUGAAUCAAAAAGGAAAAAUUUAGCCAAAACAGAGGUUACAUCAACCUCUGAUUCUGAAGAAGAAGGAGAUGAUCAAGAAGGUGAAAAGAAGAGAAAAGGUGGAAGAAACUUUCAGACUGCUCAUAGAAGGAAUAUGCUCAAAGGAAAACAUGAGAAAGAAGCUGCAGAUAGAAAAUGCAAGCAAGGAGAACAAAUGGAAACUGAGCACCAAACAGCAUGUAAUCUACAGUAAUAAAAAAUAUAUCUCAUUUUGGGCUCAAAGCAUUAAUCCAGUUACUGAAAAGAGAAUACAAGUGGAGCAAACAAGAGAUGAAGAUCUUGAGACAGACUCAUUGGACUGAAUUUCCCCCUCCCCGCCUUUGAUGGAAGAAUGUUCCAGAUUCUAAAUUGAGGACUUCAUUAAUGGCAUUGUAUUACUGUGUUAUGAUUGUUAAAAAAAACAUUUCCUGUAAGGUACACACUGCAUACUAAGGUCGGCCAUCAUUCCUGUUUUUUACCAAGCUUAAAAUGAAGCUUUGUGUUUGAAAGUUACAAGCUCAGAUGAAGAUGGUGGUUGUACAUUAUUUCAUUUAGAAAAUAUAAAAAUUUAUUUUGUUUUGAAGCUAGGUGUUAAACUGGAGUAGCUAUAUUAUACCCCUAGAGAGUGGGGCAGUUGUGCCCUUCCCUUGACAUACCUUUGUUGUUUAAUUCUUUAGAAUAUUAAUAAUUGUUUUUUUAAUCCUGAGAGAUUAAACAGUAGACUUGUUAAGAAAACAAAAAUGAAACUGUAACCAAAAUUUUAAAAUAAAGUUCAAAAAAAAAAAGUAAAAAA